UUCCAUCACCUUCCAUAAAAGACAGUAUAUCAACCCCACCUUUCUCUCUCUCUCUCUCUCAUUCUCUCUCUCUCUCAUCAUGGGUGGUUCUUUCCUGGCGGGAGCGGUGGUUCUGCUGUGUGUACUGAACCACGUGCAGGGGAAACGGCCGGUGCACAAGGCGGAGCAGGCGGCGGCGAUCAUCAACGGCUGUGAUCUCUUCCAAGGAAGCUGGGUUCGUGAUGAAUCUUAUCCUCUCUACAAUUCAUUGCAAUGCCCCUUCAUAGAGAAACAGUUUGACUGUGAGAGGAAUGGAAGAACCGACACAGACUUCCUCAAGUAUACAUGGCAGCCCAGUCUUUGUAGUCUUCCCAGGUUUGAUGCCAGAGAGUUUAUGUUAAAGAUGAAGGGCAAGAAAGUGAUGUUUAUAGGAGAUUCACUGAGUCUGAAUCAAUGGCAGUCCCUCACAUGCAUGCUUCAUGUGGGAGAACCAGAUGCUAAGUUCAGCUUACACAGAUCUGGACCAGUUUCUAAUUUCACAUUCCCUAAGUAUGAUCUUUCCCUCUUUCUCUUCCGCGCUGCCUUUCUGGUUGAUCUUGUUACAGAGAACGAAGUGCGGGUGUUGAAGCUCAACUCCAUCAGCAAUGGCACCCAGUGGAAGGAAAUGGAUGUGCUCAUCUUUGAUUCUUGGCAUUGGUGGCUGCACACUGGCAGGAAACAGAACUGGGACAUUGUUGAAGAUGGAAAUUUCAUAUACCCAGAUGGGGAUAGAAUGGUUAUGUAUGAGAAAGCACUCAUCACCUGGGCAAAAUGGGUUGAAACAGAAGUAGACACCAGAAAGACUGCAGUGUUCUUCCAAGGAGUUUCCCCUGAUCAUGACCUUGUGGAAAGCUCCAAGUCAGAGACUUGCACAGGGCUAACAGAGCCAACCACAGCAACAGGAGAAGCUCAUCCAGGAGAACUGGUACUGGAGAGAGUUCUGAGAACUAUGUCCAAACCAGUAUACUUGCUCAACAUAACUUCCAUGUCACAGUUCAGGCAAGAUGGCCACCCUUCGGUUUUUGGGGCGGGCGGCCACCGUGUUCUUGACUGCACUCACUGGUGUCUGCCCGGAGUCCCUGAUACCUGGAAUCAACUCCUAUCCACAGCCCUGCUUACUCAAUCAUAAACCAUAACAAGAAUACAUGCCAAUACACUGUAGAUUUAAGACUUAUUCAAGAUUACAGUUGAAUAGUCAUUCCCAGACUGGAUAGUGGAUAGAGAUCCAAAUGUAUAAGGUUUUGGCUCCCAAAAUCUUAUCUGAUUUGGACCAUUACAUCAUUUUUAUGAACAAAGUCAUAGCUCAUAACAUUUUCAUCACUGAUAUUGAUGGCCAUAAUGUUCAAUAAUACUUACACAGACAAACACUA